AUGCAGAUCAUCGAUGAAUUACAAGAAUUUUUCGAUGCAUCACAAUGUGAUAAAAAUUGUCCAAAAUGUAAUUUUUUCAUGAAAAAGACAUUUCAAGUGACGAAAUGGCCACCUGUUAUUUUACUAUUCAUUACCGACUAUGUGUCCUGUGUAAAUGCAAUUCGACCGCCUCCAACCAAGAUUAAUCUAACUGAUUAUACAAGCCAUGAAAAUAUUUGCUUAAAUAGUGGUUCAACAUACGAUGUCGUCAGUUAUCUAUCAUGGAAAGAUGUUUCAAAUAUGGAUAGUAUCGUUGGAGUUGCAAGGUAUUUGAAAACGUGGACUACAAAUUUGCAUUCAAAAAAGAGAAUUAAACAAGGGAACGAUUUGUUACAACAUUAUGCCACUGCCAGCAUAAUUGUGCUUGAAACGUUACGAACACUCGUAGCAGAUUAUUUACAAUCAUUUUUAAGCGUUGUCGAUUAUCAACAUACUGUUAACAGUGCACAUCUUUUCAAUUCAUUCACCGAUGUCCUGAUGAGUUUACAACAAUGUGGGAACGAACAGAUACAACGACUUAUCAAAAAUUUUCAAUUUAGUAAGAAAAAUGUUUCUUUGUUUUUAACCUCAGUUCUACUACGAAAAGUGCGAGAGAAAAUUAGAAAGGUGCAUGUUCAUCAUAAACAUGUGUGCCCAGUUUCUUCUGAUAGUAAUGGUUUAGACCUACAUACAACUGGUGUGCAUUUGUUUAUUUAUAACUCAGUGAAACCAAUGGAGGCUAAAUCAAUAACAAAACAUUCAUCAUUGAAAACAUGUCAAUCAUGCAAACAACCGAUGAAUAAUACUUUACUCGUGAUCAACGAACAAUAUUUUACAUUGUUACCAAAGAAAAUAUUGAUUGUUUAUGCUGAAGAAGAAAAUUACUUCAAAGUCGUUAAUCAACAAUGUGGGUUACAAGACUAUGAGACAAAAAUUGGACAUAAUUAUCGUCUGUCGGCCAUUAUUAUUACAACAAGAUUUAGCGACUCAAUUAUUAUUGUAAAAAAAGAUAAGCAGCAUGGUUGGAUUCAUUCGGAUGAACAUCCAUACAACAAAACAAAGCCAAUUACCUUGGAUUCUAUCGACGUUCUUGUUAGCAUGUCGAAGAAGAUUAUUGCUAUGCAUAGUAUUUUGAGACCAAAAGAGCAGAGGAGGAGAAUCAAACCAAAACCGGAGCAAAACUCGCAGACUCUCGUACCAGGGGCUGUUAUGGACGCAAAUUUUCCGUCUACGGGCGUCCAUGGACGGAUACAAUUGCGUCCACUGGCGUCCAUGGAUGAUACUUCAAAAAAAGUUUCACGCCCAUGGGCGCGGACGUACGUUCUGUCCAAGGGCGUCCAUGGAUGAAAAUGUUUUUUCGUAAUAAAAUAAGAUAAACCUUACUGCCCAUCUUUUUUGUCUUACAGCGGCGUUCAGUUACUGCACUAAAUGUCUGUUCUACAGCAGCUGUUGCGGGUAUCGAGUGAAUUUUUCGUGCGACUUUAGACAACACUAGCGAACUUUGUUCUAAGAAGAAAAAACAUUUCUCGUUUUCGCUCAUGAGUAGAUAAAAGUCCAUGGGCGACCCUCUCAAAAAAAGUUUAGGUCCAUGGAUGCUCGUGACGCAGGCGUCUGUAUGGGCGCGCAUAGACGCCCGCAUCCAUAACGGUUCCUGUCUCGUACCAAAAGCAAUUUCGUUGUCGAAAAAAUUCUUCCUUUUCUGUUGUUUUUUUGAAAAAAUAUCGAACGAACUUACGACGAUCAAAGCACAGAAUUUUCCAAAACUACAAUCAACGUUUUUGUAGCAGAGGCGAAAAUCUCCCCACUCACUCGUCUAAAUAUAACUCAUUUUUCGGCCAAAUAUGUGUUAUAUGAAAACUCAGAUAUACUCUUGCAAAGAGACACGUAAAUUUUGUCUCAAUCGUUUCAUCAAAGAAAACUGAGAAAAGUUCUCAAUUUUGAAAAUACACUACAUGUCAACUAUAUUCAAAUUUUGGCCUAAAACGGCAUAUUCUUCUUCUGACACAAAAUGUAUUUUACACAAUAUUAAAUUUUUUGAACAAUACAAAUUCAAGGUUUUCCUUGUUGCUAAAUAAACAAUUUCACUGCAGAAGAGCGACACCUAAUCACCUCUAUCGCUAUCUUCGUGUACACUUUUCUCUUGUACUUAAUAAACCAAAAACUGACUGGCAUCCUGCAUACAACGCGGAAAAACAAAUAUUGUUUUUCUUGUGUUAAAACUAAAUAUUGCGAAGGCGCGGAAGUUUGUAAUGAAGGACAGAAAAGUUUGGAUUUGCGCUCAGGAAUUUUUGCGCCUAGCGUACCCUGACCGAUUGGGAUCGCCAAAGAAUUGUUGCAUGACUCGUUUCUUAGCAAUAUUUUUAAUAAAUGAUGUUGUAUCACAUCCAGAUAUUGCAUGAACACUUAAAAUAACUUUAGGGUCGACGAAUGGAGAUAUUUCCUUAACGAAAAAGAAAUAAUUUUUAGAAAAACGCAUCACAAGUUUAAGCUCUUUUAUUCCUAUUCUAGCUAAAUCUCUAAGUUAAGCUAAAUAUCUUCUCUUAUUGCACUGUUUGUUAAAACAUAACAUUUUUCAUCUGGACCGGAGAUGUAUAACAACUUUCCAGGGGGUAAUAUGGUAAACAUUGAUAGCCAAACAUCUCGAAUACAAGCGGCAAGUGCUGCACGAUUUUGUCUAACGAAUGUAUUAUAAACGUGAGAUAUAGAUGAUAAUGGUGUAUUGAUUGUUAGUUGAUGUGUGUUGAGUCGUCGAUCAGAAUGCUGUUUAAUAAGCGAUU